AUGUGCUCGCGAGCCCUUCCAUUCGUUCGAUCGGUGCGUUCGCUCUGGGACACGUCGCCUCUUCGAGCAGCGUUCCCGGUAUUCUCAGCAGGCAGUCGCAGCCCACGCGCUGCUCUCGCUGACAUUCCAUCCAUCCUGCCCGGCGUGGUGGCUCAGGCCAAGGCCAUUCCCAGAGAUCCAGUCCACAGCGACGUGAGCCGACUUAUGCGCGGCAUCGGACUAACUUGCUACCGGCUACAGCUUGCCGACGACGUCCCCGUCAGCGUCCAGCGCCUCCUGUGCACGGCCAUCGCCUUGAGGCCAUAUCCCGACGUGCGGAUGAUAGUUCUGCACGAGGCGACGUGGAACAUGGAUCCUGGCUCCAGGCGCGAGACGUGGCAACCGGUGGCCAUGGCCCUGCGCUACGAGAGAGCGUUCCUCGUCCCCAGCGACUUUGCGGACACCCAGGCCCUGACCGACCACCUCCACUUUCAACACUACGGAAAGCAGCAUUGCGUCAACACGACACAAUACAUCAAGACUCAGUUCGGCAAGGGCUAUAUGAACACGCAGCUCCGGCUCAGCAAGGGCAAAGGCUACCCAUACCCUGGUGUGCAGGACCCCAUUCGCAAGCACUCGGCGUUCGUGGACAAAGUGAUGGACAAAUCGACGAGCAUGCAGUUCCAACUCAUCAGCACAUCGGCGAUGCCCUCGAUUUCCACGCGCGACCUUUUCUACAAAUUGGACGAGGCCAAGUCUAAACAGGACGUCGCCAAGAUGGGCCUCAUGGUCGCCACGCUCGAGGACGUUCUGCAGGGGUGGGUCGCUUCUUCAGGCCCCCUUUCUAUGUUUACCUUCGUGCAAAUGCUGAAGCAGCUUAGCCCUCGGGGGCGCCGGGUAAACUUAUUCACUGAAGUCCAAGAUCAGGGAGUUCAGCCUAUGGCUCACGAAGUUGGUACCCAUCGCUUCAAAAUAUCCAGCUUACACGUCCAGCUGUUUUUGGAAGUCUUUGUCGUCAUCUGGGUAAUCUGGACAAUCUGGGUAAUCUGGGUCUUCAGCGUUGCUGUCACUGUCACCUCAAUCACCAGCAUCAAAAACUGGAUCAUAAUUAUAGUUUUUAUGGUUGUUCUUGAAUGUCGUAAGCAUAUUCUUCGUUCGCUUUGGUCUCAUUGGCAGUUUCUCGGACCAUAGGAACAUUGUUGUAUGCGAUGAAGUCUUUUUUUU